AUGGCUCCAGUCCAGGUUGAUGCUCCCAGCCUCGCGGCGAGGCUCCAAGCCAAGAAGAGGAAGAUCUUGACGAAGACUCAGAGGGCUUCUAUAUCUCGCCCUGAGAGCCAAGCUUUCGUUGUUCGACAUGAAGAAAAUGCACCUCAGAUGGGGGCAGAAGUCGCUCCUCAGGUCGAGGUCAACCGCAAAGAAGAAGGCGGUAAUGGCACAGAAAAUCUUGGACAAGACGAGACCUAUAUCGCCGAUCAGCGCAAUGUUCUUCCGACCGGUGACGAGACCAAGGAGGCUGCGAGGGCUGCAGCCAGAGUGAUGAGGAAAGAGAAGAAAAAGGAAAAGAAGGAGAAGGAGAAGGAAGAGGCCGAGACUGCUCGCCUCGCUCAGCAGGAGGCAGAGGUUGAGGCCGCCAAGGCAAAGGAGAUGGGGAGCAAGAAGAAACGCGCCACCAGUGAGGUGAGCGCGAAUGAAAAGUUCGACAGCGAGGAGGCUGCUAAGAGGACGACAGUCGCUCCUAACAAUGCUGAGAAGGUCAAGGAGGUCGACUGGCGCUUCCAAUUUGAUUACGACAACAAGGAGGAGCCUUUUGUCAACAAUGCAGACAAAUGCACCGAGCAGUUCGGCUUGAUCAAGGGGUCGACCUCGGAGGUCCCCGCUGGUGAAGAUGCUGUCUUCAAGGACGUGGUGAGCUUUACUUUUAAGGCCGUCAUCAAGCGAGAUGCGGCAUUUUCUGUGAAGAAUUCCGUGGAGAACCGGCAGAUCGAGAAGCAGAGAUCACAUCGGCUCGAGGUGAGCAUCAAGGAUUUGACCGUUAAGGUCGAGGACAUACGACUAGAGAACACCGCUCUGAUCAACUAUCUCCAAAUCGUGAACGAGCAUCACGCCGACCAAAAGAUCGACUCUGAGACCACCAGGAUCUGGGUGGAAGCUGAGGCCAGGUUCUCGGGUCGUAUUGGCCGUCUGAGUACUUAUAUUGCUAAGCGGGACGCCGCCGAGAUGGUAAAACUCGAUCUCGUUCAAGCCCGAGGUGCUCUCGAGUGUCUUAACCUCCUUAGAGACGAGGAAGAGAUGACCGAGGAGGAACUGAGAGCUGAUCUCGAGCAAACUCAGUGA